AUGUCUUUCGACGCUAUCAUAGCAGCUCUUCCGUAUGAUACCCCAGCAAUUCCCCCGCCGGAGGGCGUUAAACCACAUUUCGACAACCCCCACACCCGAGGGCCAGUUAUCAUCGCCGUUGGAACCAUUAUGUUUGUAUUGGUUCUGGCCUUCGCAGCUGCCAGGCUCUACGUGAGCACUUUCGUAGUCAAGAAAAGAAACUUGGGAGAUAUACUUUGUCUGUUUGCAUUUCUUGGAUCAUUUGGAUACUUCAUAAACGUGUGUAUUGAUGUCCAUCUCGGUCAGAUUGGGAAACAUGAGUGGAAUGUUCGGCUCACCGAUGUUUUGGCUGGUCCAUUCCUUAUUUCCAGCGGCCUCGUCACUGCAUGUCUGUUGUCUCCGACUCUACUCUUGGCAAAGAUUGCGAUUUUCGCAUUAUAUCUUGAAGUCUUUCGACCGUUUAAGUGGAUGAGAAUUUGCGUUUAUGUUGGUAGUGCAAUCACGACUGUGUUUUACGUGGUCUCCACAAUCGGUUUCAUUUACCUCACAGUAAAAAAGCCCGGCGAAUCCUGGCAAAUGCAUGCCAUCUCUGCCGACUCCAUGUUGUCGCAAAAGCUAUUUAUUCCACAUCGAGCGGUCGGGCUAGGAAUUGACUUGUACCUCUUUAUAUUGCCGUUGAAAGCUGUGUCAGAUCUACAUCUACCGUUGAAAAAGAAAUUAGAGGUUAUGGUUGUGUUUUUGAUGGGUUCAUUGGCCUGUGUUGCUUCAGCAUUGAAUGUGUAUUAUGCACAGAGGUUAUAUACUGAAAAGGAUGUGACAUGGAUUGCUGUAGAAAUUACUAUAACUGCUUUAGUGGAGAUGGACGUUGGCGUUAUUGUCGCUUGUAUGCCUGCGUUUUCAAAACUCAUUCACAUAUAUCGGCCAUCCCUUCUUCCAUCGAUUCGUUCCAGCAACUUUCGCAGCAGGUUUGGCAAAUUAUCAAAUUCGAGAAGUGACAGCGAAGCGGGGCCACCAUCAUCACAAGGCGAUGGGGAUACCGAAAUGGCACCGGUACCAUCUCUUACACAAUACCGAAUCAUGGAAGAUGGCAGCCGCGUGCCAUUUGAGUUAAACCACAUAAAAAGUGUCUCGACUCAUAUCCACGCAGAUACUCCAAGGAAGCGAAGUGAAGAUGACCAAAUCCACCUAAAAAAAGAAAUCUGGCAAAAUUGA